CAGAGAAAUUAAUCACAUUUGACCAGAUUCCGAACAAAGCCUUGGAUCAUCUUCACUUUGAAUAGAUAGGCUAGUAGCGCGUUAUCCCAUGGCAGUUCAUAACUAUUUUACGUUUUGGCGAAUGCCAGACGCAGAUAUACAGAAAAUUAACAUGCUGGAUUUAAUGUUCUUUUUUUCUUUCUUUUUUGCCAUAUGUUAGCUACUAAAACAUUUCCUGUUUUUUUUUUUUUUUUUUUUUUUUUUUUUUACAAAUCACUCUUGCCUAAUUAUAAAGGCUAGUUCUGAAUUAUGAACAUUUUAAAGUGCUGCAUGAAUUCUGUGUAUUAUAAAUGCAUUCACAGUCUGGCUGAAAUCUUAGUAAGUUUACUUGUUGCUAAAAAGAUCGUUGAACAUGAAGCAUGAAGAAUGCUGUUUUAAACCAGAUGGACCAUCUCACGAUCAAAGUCAUUUAAAAAGAAUGUAGUCUGACGGAAAUAUCAGCGUUUAUGUUACGUUCACAUUGAGUUUAUAUGAUGAGUCAUAUUUUCUGGUAGCAGAUUGUAAAUGCAAAAUUCAACAGUCCUUUUUGUGUUUUUCUCCAGAAUUCCCAACUUGAUUCAUUCCAGACAAUAAUGUCUAGCAUUCAAUCUCUUUUGAGAAUCUGGUAUAGACCUCCAGCGAAUAUGGGAAUGCAGAGGCUGCUCCAGUGUUUCUUUCUUGUGGGAACAGUAUUUGUCACAUUCUUCAUAAUAAUUUGCUGGGAUGAGAUGAGAGAUGGGACUUUUUCCCUACACACGGCUUCAUCACAUCUCACACACCUCAAACUGCGUCAAGCGCAUCGUAGACAUGUUAUAAGAGAGCUUUGCUCGGCCAAUAGCAGCCUGAAUUUUACAGAGAAAUUAAUCACAUUUGACCAGAUUCCGAACAAAGCCUUGGAUCAUCUCAUUGUGGAUGAUCAUCAUGGUGUUAUUUACUGUUUUGUACCGAAGGUAGCAUGUACCAACUGGAAACGAGUAAUGAUUGUGCUCAGCCAGAACCUGAAGGCACCAAAUGGAACUCCAUAUCUGGAUCCUCUUGACGUACCACCAGCAUUAUCCCACAAUACUUCUCUGCAUCUGACGUUUAACAACUUUCGGAGCCUCUUUGGUAAUUUCUCAAGUCCUUUAAUGCAUCAAAAACUAAAGAAUUACACUAAGUUUCUUUUUGUACGGGAUCCUUUUGUACGACUUAUUUCUGCUUUCCGGGACAAGUUUGCUAGGCCAAAUAAGGAUUUCUACAGACACUUUGGGUCCACAAUGCUUCAGCGUUAUGCAAAUAUUUCAAACACCCCUGACUCUGCUCAAGAGGCCUUCACCGCAGGCAUCAGACUGUCCUUUACUCACUUUAUUCAGUACCUGUUAGAUCCACAGACUGAGAAGAAGAAUCCAUUCAAUGAACACUGGCAGCAGAUUUACAGACUCUGCCAUCCAUGUCAAAUUGACUAUGAUUUUGUUGGGAAGAUGGAAACUCUUGAUGAGGAUACAGAACAUUUGUUGAAGAUUCUUGGGCUGGAUAAUCAGAUUCACUUUCCCCCCGGGUACAAGGAUAGGACAUCAGUAGACUGGGAGCAAGACUGGUUUGCAAACAUAUCAGUAGGUGACAGGAGAAAACUGUACAAUCUUUAUGAACCAGACUUUAGAUUAUUUGAAUACGAGAAACCUGAGACACUUCUGGAUGAGUGAUGAGUAUCGCUAACUGUUUUUGCAUUUCCUCAAUACCUCAUGCAAAUAGAAACAAGAGAAAUUAUGUUUAUUCCCAUGAAACCUGUCAAGAACAUGUCUCGGUCAUAUUUAAAUUCCAUGUAAGUGUAAGUUCAUUUUUUUUUGGUUUUUUUUGCUAUUUAUCCCUGAAAGUUGGUCCAAUAUUCAAAUUUUUGUAAAAAAUUAAGGAAAUCAAAAUGAAGCAUGGAAACAGGCAGUUUGAGGAUACAUAGUCAAUGUUUUGCUAAAAAAAGGUUUAAUGGUUUCAUCCAGGGCUGCAAAAGCAGUUUGGUUACAUAUUUGAACAUCUUUGAGGCAUGAUGGAAUCUAUUUUUAUUCGUUGUUAAAUUCAGACUCCUGUUUUAUUAUCUUAAUCUAGAUUCUUUUUUCCAGAUUUCAUUUUUAACCUUCUAACCUACUUCCAAUUUUGAUGUUAUAGUCUCUUUUUUCUAGGUGAUCAGGUCAAUCAACUGUUAAAAACUGUUGCAGUGAUGAUUUUUUAAAUGAUACAUAUUUGAGAUCUUUUUCUUUACCUAAGUCAUAGUUUAGUUAAUGCAAUUAAAGCUUUUUAAAUAUUCAGUGUUCAAGUACAUUUUUUAAAAAUUAAUUAAUUUUUUUUUUUAAACUUUUCCUGAAAAUCAAUAAACUGAUCAGAAGAUGUGUUGACACAUGUUAGGUCACUGGUAUUAUUACUUCUACAUAUACUCUCUCUGUAUGUAUUGUUACGUCAGAAGACGUAUUGUUGUUUUUCCUCCCCCUUUUUUUUCCGUGUGUGGAGACGUGCGUGCUCGUCUCUCUCUCUCUCUCUCUCUCUCUCUCUCUCUCUCUCUCUCUCUCUCUCUCUCUCUCUGGUAGCUCCGCCUUGAUUGGACGUAGGCGAGACGGAUUGGUGGACUCGAGUGGAACGUUCCUUUUAAAAAGCGUCCGGGAUGCGGACGUGGCAGAGGGGAGAGUGGUGUUGGCGUGUUGUAGCUACUGAGGUGUUAUUGACAUAGUUGACUUGUGAUCAGUGAGAUCUAAAUCGUGUACAUUGUUUUAAGUUGUCACCAAUUCUUAUUCACUUCUGUAAAGCACUCUCAUUUUUGAUUCUUGACUAUAUUGUUUUCAUUUCAUUAUAAUUCUUUUCAUUUCUUUAUUGUGGCAGUUAUGUUGUCAUUUUUUUGUAAAUAUUGUAUAUAUAAUAUUUUCUUUGAUUACUGUAGCGGUAGGGGUUGGGUGCCUUUUUCUUUUGCGUACAUCUUUUCUCCUGUGUUGAAUUAGCCAGGAAAGCUAGGUAAGGACCUCUGUAUUUUUUUUUUUUUUUUUUUUUUUUUUUUUACAGGGUUUAGUUAGAAAUAAUACGGGUUUAGUUUAGUGGCCGUUUUGUUUAUUGUUUUGGCCUUGCCCAGCCCUGAAGAAGUUGCUUCGUUUAUUUUCUUGGCUUUGUGACGAAACUAAACAGAAAAAUAAAAAAAGAAAGAAAUUGUUGAAACUGAUUUUUUUAUUUAUUUUUUUAUUUUUUAUUUAUGCUGCUUCCCUGACCUAGACCAGGGUCGUAACAUAAUUGGGGGCUCGUCUGCUGUUUACAAUAACGAACUGGAUUUUCAUUUGCUUGCGUUGAAAGGAAAAUCAUCCGCAACCCUUCUUGUGGCUACAUGUAAGUUGUAAGUUAUUGAAUUUUAUUCUUUGUCUGGCUGUUUUCUUUUUGGUGUGGGAGAGAGUAAGUGGGAAUAUGGAAUUUGAUUUGACUGCGUUUACGCUAGCUCCAAGCACGGAACAGUUUGAUCGCUGUAGGAAAGAUGAUCUCUUUAAAAUUGCUGAUUUCUUUAAAAUAGAAAUUCCUCGCUAUUCAUCUAAGCAAGCGGUUAAAAAGUUCUUGUAUAACGAAUUGGUGUAGCAACAAAUUGUACCUGAGGAGUCAGGGUUAGUAAAUGUGCAGGAGGGAGCUGCUGCGCUUGCGGAGGCCGACGAGAAGCCCUCUCUUGUUUUGCUUUCUCCAGUACGCCCCAGCGAUCCGUUUUUUUGUGCC